CCACCUCCCCGUACCCACAAUGCUUUGCGGCGGCCGUGAGGACGUCAGCGCUUGGCGAGGGGCGAAUGGCGGCGGCGGCCACGGUCGCCCUGAGGCGGAAGGAGGCGGGCGCGGCCGCUGUUGUUUUCUGCGUCGCGAUCUGAGCUCUCGUUUGGUAGACGCGGCGACAGGCAGGAUGGCGGGCGGCGGUGCUCCGCGAGGGACCGGCUGCUGAGCACGGCGGGGGGCUCUGUGGUGAGGGAGCGGCGCGGCCCAGGGCACCGUCGGGCACCGCGGGGAGGCCGCAGAGGUGCUGGAGCCUCUGGGAGGGUUGUGAUCUGCUUUCUUAAGUGAGCUGCGCUGUACGGCUGGAGUGAACAUUCAAUAAUGAGUGGUGCAGCGUUGGGCCUUGAGAUAGUAUUUGUCUUUUUUCUGGCCUUAUUCCUACUUCAUCGAUAUGGAGACUUCAAGAAACAGCAUAGGCUGGUGAUCAUAGCAACAUUAUUGGCUUGGUAUCUUUGCUUUCUCAUUGUAUUUAUACUGCCUCUGGAUGUCAGUACGACUAUUUAUAAUCGGUGCAAACUUGCAGUUAACUCCAGCCCUGCAGAAAGUAAUGGCUCCUACGUUACUCUUGCUCCAAGCAAGCAAAAAUGUUUCAAACCAUGGAGUUAUAUUCCUAGUGGUAUUAUGCCAAUUUUCUGGCGUGUUGUAUAUUGGACAUCGCAGUUUUUAACAUGGAUUCUGCUACCUUUCAUGCAGUCAUAUGCUAGAUCAGGAGGGUUCUCCAUUACUGGAAAGAUUAAAACUGCAUUGAUUGAGAAUGCAAUCUAUUACGGCACUUACUUGCUGAUUUUUGGAGCAUUUUUAAUAUAUGUGGCUGUAAACCCAAACUUCAAUUUACAAUGGAACCAACUUCAGACUAUUGGGAUAGCCGCUGCAAACACAUGGGGUCUCUUUCUUCUUGUGUUGCUUUUGGGUUAUGGUUUGGUGGAAAUUCCCCGUUCUCACUGGAAUGGGGCCAAGAGGGGUUAUCUACUCAUGAAGACCUAUUUCAAGGCUGCCAAACUGAUGACCGAAAAAGCAGAUGCAGAGGAGAAUUUAGAGGAUAUUAUGGAGGAAGUCCGUAAAGUAAGUGAGAGUAUCAAGUAUAACCACCCUUUAAGAAAAUGUGUUGAUACAAUACUGAAAAAGUGUCCUACUGAGUACCAGGAAAGAAUGGGUAGGAACAUGGAUGAUUAUGAAGAUUUUGAUGAAAGACAGAACAGUUAUCCCAGUGAAAAAAGUUUGGUCAAACUUCACAAGCAGGUAAUCUAUUCAGUACAGAGACAUCGUCGUACACAGGUCCAGUGGCAAAUCCUUUUAGAACAAGCGUUUUACCUGGAAGAUGUGGCAAAAAAUGAAACCAGUGCAACUCGACAGUUUGUUCAUACCUUUCGUUCCCAGGAACCAGAGAAUAAAAUUAUUCAGUAUUUCUACACACCAACUGUUGAGUGGUAUUGGGAGUGUCUGCUACGACCGUGGUUUUACAGGGUGCUUGCAGUUGUUCUGGCCACAUUCUCUGUAAUUGUUGUGUGGUCAGAGUGCACAUUUUUCAGCACAAAACCGGUUUUAUCGCUAUUUGCAGUUUUCAUACAGCUGGCAGAAAAGACAUAUAAUUAUAUAUACAUAGAGAUGGCCUGUUUUCUUACCAUCUUUUUCCUAAGUAUCUGUGUUUACUCUACUGUCUUCAGGAUCCGUGUAUUUAACUAUUAUUACUUAGCUUCACAUCAUCAGACAGAUGCAUACAGUCUCCUUUUCAGUGGCAUGUUAUUUUGCCGUCUUACUCCACCAUUAUGCUUGAACUUUUUGGGCUUGACGCAUAUGGAUGCAACAAUCUCUCACAGAAACACUCAGCCAACGGCGUACACAUCUAUAAUGGGAUCCAUGAGAGUGCUGACCUUCAUUGCAGAUGGAUUCUAUAUAUAUUACCCAAUGCUUGUUGUCAUUCUGUGUAUUGCCACAUACUUCAGUUUAGGAACGCGUUGUUUGAAUCUGUUGGGAUUCCAGCAGUUCAUGGGGGAUAGUGAAAUGACCUCUGAUUUAAUUGAUGAAGGAAAAGAGCUAAUCAAAAGAGAAAAAAGAAAACGACAAAGGCAGGAAGAAGGUGAAAACAGAAGAAGGGAAUGGAAGGAGCGGUAUGGAAAUAGAGAUGAUUCCACUAGAAACAGAGUUGUCCACACAGACCAAAAAGAAUCCAGUUUCUCAGAGACCAAUAUCAAUAGACCACUAUCAAAGUAUACCCGAUCAAACGGUAGGACUGAAAGAGAUAGAAUAGAACUCCUCCAGGAUGCAGAACCGUUGGAUUUUAACGCGGACUUAAUUAAUGAUGACCCUCUUGAAUUGGACUCGGGAAGGUAUCAGCCUGGUGGAAGAUACUUGUCAAUGUCUCAAAGCGAAAUAUUUGAUGAUGUCUGAAGUCCUCAAAGCUGAAGAAAAUUGAGUGGAAAUUUAUUUCCUACUUAUUGCAUGGAAAAUACUGCAUUCGUGAUACAUCACUAAACCAGGAAAAACCGUUUUUGUUUAAAAAAAGAAUAUGAAGGAACGACUAAUUUGAAAAUGCACCCAUAUGAUAACUUCACUACUUAUGACAAGAAUACACUUCUUCUUUUGUAGAUAUUGUUGUGCAUCAGUGUGGGCUUUUGUGUCAUGACCAAAAGGAGAAAACUAUUAAUUAAGUUAAUAGAGGAUAAACUUCAUAAGUAUAUCUAGGGCUCAACAUGAACUGUAACAUUAUAAGUUUUAAGAAGGGGAUAUUUUGGAAGGAACUUUUUUGUAUUUUAGCAGGUGCUGUGAGAGCAUCUUAAUGCAUCCAAAGUGCAGUUAUAUCAAUUACUAUAGUAAACACUUUCUGUUUUUUCUAUUUGAACUUCAUGCCUAGUCCAGAAUCUACUGAAUUAAAUUGUAGCUUCUUCAGUGGUCUUUGAAUCAGACUCUGUAUAAGCAGAAAGAUCGAAUGACAGGCUGUUCUUCAUAUAAUCAUAAAAUAACAUACAUUUUCCAGUAGUUGAAGGGUGGCUGCCCUUCCAACCUGGUAUUCUAUGAUUCUAUGAAACUUGGUGGCAUAAAUUUUCAAGCAAGGUGUAUUGGUCAAGAAAGGCUAUAUUUUUAUUCCUUUUCCAACAUUGUAUGCAGAUAAAUGAUUUUAGCAUGUGUAAAUAGUUGAAAUUGAAUAUGGACCAGAGUUUCACUGUCAUACGAGCCUAUGUGCAAUAGCAAGAAUACAUUAUCGAAGAUAUGAUGUCUGCUAAAGAUUUUUACAGUUGUAACAGUUGAAAAUCUUGGCACAGUAAUGUUUUUGUCACUGUAAAAAAAUAUAAUGUGAAAAAUGAGUUAAAUGCUGAAAUAUUAUAAUUUGCACAGACCUUCAAAUAAGUAUUUCUUUAAAAGAAGGGAAAUACAUAGCAUGAAUAGAUAAUGGUAAACACUUUUAGUGUCCCAAAUUCCCUCGUUGCAUUAUGUGUCUGUUUUGAAGGUGCCUGUAUUUUGCAGUCAGUUUUUGCAAAAAGAAUAAUGCUUGUCCAUUUGAAUGCCAUUCAAAAAUGCCAAUUAUUAACAGUGUGAAAAAGCUUCACGUUAAUUUCAUUGGUGUAGAUAUAUUUUUAAACUGUAGUUAGUUGAAUGAUUUUUUUAAAUGUAAUCAUAAGGUAAAAGAUGUGGUCAAAUUAAUAUCUUCGGAAAUUUGAUUAAUUUAAAAUGUUGGUUUAUUGCAGUUGUCUUAAGUCUUUACCACUUGGAAGUUUUCUUAUGUGCUUAUUGCAAAGUCAUGUUGAAAAACAAAAGAAAAAAUGUUUCAUCAUAAAUUCCUUGUCAUGCUUAAAAAACAGACAUCCCUUAAAGCAGCUAGGAAUGAGUUAUUCUGAACACCUGAAUGAGGUCUUCUGCUAGUUUUUAAAAAUAGUCUUUGCUUUCUGUAAAGCAGCUAAGAAUGAGUUAUUCUGAAAAGUAAGAUUCCAUGAAUGAGGUGUUCUACUAAUUGUUAAAAAUAGUCUUUGUUUUCUGUAGUAAUUGUUAAUGGGGAUCUGACUACCUCCUGUGAUUUAGUACAUCAUGUGUUCUAACAGUAGUUGUAUUUGUAAUAUAUUGAUCUGCCUGUUUUAAAACACUGAAUUGUUACUAUGAAGGAGAAAAAAUACUCUAUUUGUAUAGAAAUAAUUAUAUUAAUAAAUUGGCAAACAUAAAAUAAUCAUCAGUUCUGUUCUUAGCUGAAUUCGCUGAAUGACAGCUGUGCCGACAUGUAUUCAAGCUCAUGCAAUUUCCAGACUACCUUUAAGAGGGCACUUUUUUAUUUUGGGUAUUUUGUGUAUUGUAAAAACAUGAUCAAAAUCUUAUGGUUGUAUCAGGAACUGGAAGUUGAGAAAAUGAGACUUUUUAAUUCAGGUUUUUCUUUAGCAGCUUUAUGUUUGUACCUAUUUAAUUUAUUUUAGAUCUAUUUAGAAAUGCUAUCCUGAAUUCAGACUUAUAUGAAAGGGGUUGUAUAUGUUCUUGGACAUCCAUACACAUGAAUGUUCUUAGACUUGAUAUUUCUAUUUUUAAAAUUCGUAUCUCAUUUAAUUGCCCAAACGUUUAUUUGUAAAUAAAGGUUCAAGUUCUUUGUUUAACACCUGAAAUGUCACUACAAAGGGAUCUAAUUCAGUGCUAAUGGAAAAAUUAUAGAAGGAACAUUGGUUUUUCUGAAUGCUUGUAGUAUUCUUACCUUGCUGACUUCAGAGAGUUAGAUCAAACCUUCUCGGGGGAUGGUUUUCCCCUCUCAGAAAUCAGUGGGAUGGCUGCGAACAGAAUUUUCAGUAGAAACUUGGUCAGGAUUUUAUAUACAAAAGCUAACUAAUCCCUGGUGUAAGCCCAAUGUUCAGUUUUUGUUGGGUACAAUAAUUUGAGGAGUUGACAUUGUAAAUUAAUGGCAGCAGGAUUUCAGUUGUUAACAUAGAAGUUCUGAGCUCAUUGAGGUGGGAAUCCACUGACCUUUUUUUGAUGUUGCAGUGGAGUAAUGGAGUAACCAGUGGCUGCUUUUUGAAAGCAUGGGAAAUAGAGCUCUGAAAAUCUCUCAAGAGUUCUCUUCUGGAUAGCACUUGGAGAUCCCUAGUGUCACAUGCUCCCUGGAUGCUGUGUUUAAAUAAGUUAAGUGAAGUCAGAUGUUAUCCAUAGCGUUCACUGCUGACCAAGAGUUACUCUUGCUCUGAUUAUGUGCAAUUUUAGGCCAGUUAAUCUAAAGUGUGUUUUGAAAAGUAAUUAUGAGCUCAUAGGACCAAAUCUGGAAGACUUUCAAUAAAGAAAUGCAGAGUACAACUAUAAAAGAACAUUGUAGAAAUAAGGGAUAUGCCUGCACAGCAUUUGCUCUGUACUUGAGCUAGUUUUAAACUAGUUUGGUUACUGCUACUACGAAUAAUGCAGAACUUGGCUUGGGGGUGCUACGUGCCGAAGGAUUUACCCCACUGCAGAGAGGUGGUAGAUGCCCCAUCCCUGGAAAUACGCAAGGUCAGGUUGGAUGGGGCUCUGAGCAACCUGAUCCGGUUGAAGAUGUCCCUGCUCACUGCAGGGGGGUUGGACUAGUUGACCUUUAAAGGUCUCUUCCAACCCAAACUAUUCUAUGAUGAUUCCCAGACAGAUUGUGGCAGCUUUUGAUGUGUUCUGCGCUACUGUAGCUCUAGUCCUAACAAUACCACAGCUAGAAAAAGUUAAAAAUAUCUUUGGUAAGUUGUAAGCAGUGAGUGUUCUGUAGGCUAAUGUUUUUCUUGCAUCUCAUUUGAUGCUCUGGAUUAGGUGAUUUAAAAUAUAACUGCCAUGCAAACUCUGCUGUUGGGAACUGAAUGUUGCCGUGUUUAUUCUGUCAGCAUACAGUUGUGAUUGUUUACAGCUAAAAAAAGUCAAUUAUGUAUUUCUUUAUUAUUUCACUUUCUGAAUUCCUGAGCAGUUAGGUUAUACUUCCAUUUCAUCAUCCUUUCCACAGUUUCCUCUUCAUCUGUGAACACCAAAAAAUGCCCAAAACACAAAAAAAUCCACCCAAGUUCAGUACAAAUAUUUGAAUGUCUUCACAUCAAAGAUUUAAACCAGGGAAAAGAAUACAAGCAAAUUGUAAUGAACUUUGAAAAGCGGGAGUGAAAGCAGUAGGUACUUUAAUACUGUGUCAGUGCUGGAUUUCUUAAAAAGUACGGAUAGCAAAAAGCUCUAGUCAAACUUACUUCUCCUGCUAGAUUCAUAGUUCUGUAUUUUCAGGCAUUUAAAAAUAUACAUAUUCUGAUACCUGUUUUGGGAAAUGAAUGCUCUGUGCUCCACUUAAGAAAGGUGCAUCCCUUAGCAGUGAAGAGAGGGAGUCUUUUUAUGAGGGAAGGUAAAAGAUACGCAACUUCUUGUCUGUGCUAAUAGUGACACUUUGGGCAAGCUAGGAUAUGUUUUAUUAUUUAAGUACAAUAACGUGUUAAGAAACAGCAAAAGUAAUACUACUGUAACUUACACUACUGGAAGAAUCUUGGUAUAUAAUCUGCCUUUAUUUUGCAAUCAAGCAUUUGUAAAUAGUCAUUAACAGUAUUAAUGGGGAUGGCGGAAAGCUGCUGUAUUUUCAAUAUUUAUUCUUGCUAUUUUAAAACAUAACCAUGACAAUGAUUUUUGCAAAAGAAGUAUUAAAAAAGUGAUUACUCUGAUUUUCUGUAAUUAUGAUUUGUAUUUUAUUAAAUUUAUCUUGGAAUACUGUAAAUGUUAUGUGAAAAAUACAAUAUUUCGUUCAGAUUUUCAUUAUUGCUGUAGUUACUUGCAAUCUGAGGGGUAUUUACGUACCAAAUAGACAUCAUUUUAUGAAGGAAAACUUUUUAUGAGCCUUCUUAAAGAAAUCUGACCUGUUCAUUACAGAAAAAUGUGUGCAUCUUUAUUAUUAACGAAAACACUACUUCAGGUGUAUGUUGUCUCAUAGCUUUUAAUUUUUCUCUAAAGUUCAGAAAAUGUUUAUUUUUUUUCCAGAGUGACUUAACUUGUGAAUCUUUUAAACUUUCUGAAACUUUCACGUUCCUUUUCCCUAAUGGGCUCUGCAGGAAUAUGUGCUGCUUCACGGCAGUUCUCUGAUACUAGCUGUGCCUCUAAUUAAGUAGUCUAGUCUGAAGCUGAGACACUCCUACACCAUUGGAUUAUGUGAACAGAAACUCAGCAUUCGUAGUAAAAAAAGCACCUUGAACUAGAUCCCUUUCUAAUACAUUAAAUGUUGUCAUUGAUUAUGUUGCAUUAUAUGUGGUAUCUUCUGUUUCAGUCAUUUGGUAAGCCUGAUCAGGUUUAUUCUUUGUUUCUGUUAAAAUGCACUGGACUGUAUUCCUCAGCAUGCUUUUGUGUGCGUGUGUGUGUUUUAGUUGUAAUUGGCAGGCAAUAAUAAUAUGCAACUUCAGUUUUCUUCAGGAUAAUGUUGCUAUAUUUGACAUACUCCUGUGAAUAAUAAUAGUUUCAGAGUGGUAGCUUAGCUAUCACUGUAGAGAUUAAUUAUUUUCUAUAGAAAUACCUUAUAUUUCUAUAGAGAUAUCUGGAAGAUAAGGGAAUUCAUUUAUAAGUAUAGGUUUAGUAAUAGAAGAUCUUCAUUCUCCAGUGUAUAUCAAGAUGCUGUAGGAGUGCUGCUUAUGGAUAGACUAUCUUCUUUUGCCUUAUGAUACAAAGUACGUAUGCAUAAUACCUUGCUUUGAAAUUCACUGAGUUAUAAUUUUUUCUCUGUAGUGUUCUAAAUUAUUGUUGUACUGGAUAUAUUUUUUGAAAUGUGUGUUAAAAUAUCUAGUCAAAGAGUUAAGUUGGCAUGAAAUAAAUCAUUUCUGCAAUACA